AGCGCAGUCUUUCCGGCCAGGCUCCCCUCUAAUUGGCCGGCUCAGAACUUCCUCGGGGACUUGGCCACUCGGGGGCAACGCGGCGGCCUCUCUAGCCGCUGUCCCGACGUUCGGUCUCGCCCUUUCGGCUGCGAGCUCUUUAUGGUGCCGGCAGCGACAUGUGGCGCCUCCCGGGACUUCUGGGCCGAGCUCUUCCCCGUACGCUGGGACCUAGCCUCUGGAGGGUGACUCCCAAGUUCACCAGCCCAGAUGGGCCUCAGACUACCUCCUCCACCUUGCUGGUUCCUGUGCCUAACCUUGACAGGUCGGGUCCCCAAGGCCCAGGCAGGAGCAGGGGCCCAAGGUCCCAUGGAUGGAAGGAUGCCUUCCAGUGGAUGUCUGCCCGUGUCUCCCCGAACACCCUACGGGAUGCCAUAUCAUGGGGCACUCUGGCCGUGCUGGCCCUGCAGCUGGCAAGGCAGAUCCACUUCCAUGCAUCCCUGCCAGCAGGACCUCGCCGAGUGGAACACUGCUCCUGGCACAGUCCCCUGGGCCGUUUCCUUUCAUCUCCCCUGUGGCACCCAUGCUCCUCACUGCGGCAGCACAUCCUCCCCAGCCCUGAUGGCCCAGCUCCCAGGCACGCUGGCCUCAGAGAACCCAGGCUUGGCCAGGAAGAAGCCUCAGCUCAGCCCCAGAACCCCUCCUCAUACAACUCCUUGAGAGCAGCUCGUCCUCAGGACCCCUCCUCUGAGGAAGGUGUCGGCCUUUCCCUUGCAGGUCCCAGUGAUUUUGGCUUCCUGCAUGCCAGUAGCAGCAUCAAGUCCAAGGCAAAACCAGCCCAGCCUCAGCACGCUGGUGAACAGGAACAAGAUAAAUCAAAAACUCUUUCCCUCGAGGAGGCUGUGACUUCCAUGCAGCAGCUCUUCCAGCUCAGUGUUUCCAUCGCUUUCAACUUCCUGGGAUUUUACAGUCUAAUUGAGGAGACAGGAUUUGCACUUUUGAAACGGUUUAGAAAAAGGUUUGGUAUAUUAAGGACAGAGAACAUGAAGAGUGGUGACAACAAGGCAGCCUUUUCUUACUUCCAGAAAGCUGCAGCCCGCGGCUACAGCAAAGCGCAGUACAACACGGGCUUGUGUCAUGAGCAUGGCAGAGGCACCCCCAGGGACAUUAGCAAGGCGGUCCUUUAUUAUCAACUGGCUGCCAGCCAGGGCCACAACCUGGCUCAGUACCGCUAUGCCAGGUGCCUACUACGAGACCCAGCCCCUUUGUGGGACCCUGAGCGGCAGAGGGCAGUGUCCAUGCUGAAGCAGGCUGCAGACUCGGGCUUGAGAGAGGCCCAAGCUUUCCUCGGGGUGCUUUUCACCAAGGAGCCCUACCUGGAUGCGCAGAGAGCUGUGAAAUAUCUUUGGCUUGCAGCCAACAAUGGGGGUUGUUGUGAGGAUCAAAAUCUAACUGAGAUCACAGGUGUGAGAAUGCUGUGUAACCUGUACACAUGAAAAAUGCAUCAUUUCAAGUGAUGGUAACCCAGGGAAAUCAGAAGAUACAUCAGGUGGAGGCAGUAAACAGCGAACACUGCUCAGCCUGGGGUGGGUGGGCAUGUCUGGUUGUCUGUGAACUGGGGGCACUGGCAUUCAGACAAUUGAGAUGUGUUCCAUGAAGCAUUAGUUCCAUGGGAUGUUUAUAAGUCAUGAGAGGAAAAAAAUGGUUAGGUGGGUUUGGGAAAUACUGAGUUAAACAGUUGUUGUUAAUGUUGGAAGUCUCAAAGCUUUAUGUCACUGUAGAUCAUCGAAAAGGCCAUCUGUGGUUUUCUGUAUUCCUCAAAUGUAUUUAACCAGUGUAUCUUUUGAGUUGCAUCUUGAUGGACUAGGAGUCGUGGAUUAAAUCAAGCAAUAUAUGUGUGUACCAUGAUGUCCCUACAUAGGGGACUGCUGCUUCCUUUGUUUUCUGGCUAACACACUGAUAGCUUCAUUGAACUCCUGGGCAUCAGAAUGCUUUUCCUUGUCUACGCUGUUGCCCAAAGUAUCUGCAGUAGUUGUCAAAAGGGGACCAAUGUCACCAACCAAUAUCCAGAGCUGUACCUACCUUACCUUGAAAGAGCCCCACAGAGCCUUUCAAAGUUGGGCAGAUCUGCAUAUCCAUAUGCAGGGCAAGCCUGUGGGCAUGCUGGCCUGCUUUAAUCAGACCAGCAUGCUAGCAGGAAAAGUGCACAAAAGGAUAUCUGUCAACAAUUUUAUAUGUGACACUGUCUUGGGACUCAGACCUAACACUUUUCCACCCCACAGGGAAUUGUGUCUUCCUGGGUUUGUACUGAGCAGCAUUGCAGGGGUGGUGGUUUGGCCUUACAUGUGUCCAAUGCUGUGUUGGGACCUGGCCUGUAGGCAUAAGUCUGCCGUAUUUAUUGGAGGGACUUUGCCCUGUGUGUUAUAGAUGUGGGGGCAGAAUGUGUAGACAACUCUUCCAGAAAUUUGACCAUGGUGGG